UUUAAUCAAAUUAAUUCAUAAAAAGGCACUGAAAUGUAAUUAUAAUGUACAAGUAUAUAUUUGUUAUAUUUGUUAUAUUAUAUAUAAUAUAUUUGUUACAUUAUAACAAUAAACCUUUGCAAGAGCAUGCGCAACAUUGACUUUUUAUAGAAAAUACAGUAGCAAAUUCAUCAGGGAUAAAUCUCGCAGAACUUGUGCACCCGUUGUGUUUUACUCAAGUGCUCAUUAAUAAGAGUUCUAUAAUUACAUGUAUAUACAUAAGUGAGAUGAAAAAAUCUUUAACAUAUUAAUAAAUAUUAGUAGAUUUUAAUUUUUAAAUUGUGUUUUUUACUAAUUUUAUUAAAAUAUCUACUAUGUUAACGGGAAUACUUAGAGGAACCCUUUUAUGUUGUGACAAUGAAAAUUUUACCUGGAAUAAUGUAAUUAACAUAAACAGACAUGCUUUUAAUGAAACUACGUCUUUAUUACAUGUCGUUUAUAGAAUAAUAAUCCCUGCAAUUAUAAUUAGCGGUAUUUUUGGUAACAUUUUAAUAUUUCUGGUGUUAUCUACUCCGAUGUUUCGAGGAAUUGCAUAUUUAUAUCUUCGAGGAUUAACAUCAGCACACAUCGGCGUUCUUUUAUGUUGGAUACCUAUAUUUAUUAGAUUAGGAUUCGGAAUGAAAAAUAAUUACCCAUCCGUUUUUUAUCAUGCUCAUUUGGAACUGGUUGCUGUAAACACCUUUGCUAUAGCUAGCAUUUUAAUUAUGACCAGCGUAAUCGUCGAUCGAUAUAUCUUUAUUUUUUUCCCGACUCGUAUUCGUAGCAGGAAUGCACGCAAGAAUAUUCAUUCUUUCAUUCUAUGUUCUUUCAUUCUUGGAUUUGCGGUAAGCGCUCCGUUAACAGGAAUGAGAACAGUAUAUGAACAACAAGAAGAUACUGGAACAAUUUUUACAUUACGCGAAAAUAUAUCCAUUACACAAAGUGUUUUGUGGAAUGUAUAUAUUUGGAUGAUGGAAAUUAUAUUACGACUUUGUCCAACUAUAAUUCUUCUUUUUCUAAACAGUUUUGUAAUCAAAAGAUUUUUACAACUUAAUGUUAAAAAAAGAGAAUUUCAAUCAGUUUCUGAAAAAUUUCGCAAUCCAAAUAUUCCUGAAACAUCUCUAUUAACUCGCAAUCGAGGAUACAGAGAAGAACAGCAUUUAGCAAUAUUAAUGGCGAUAAUGGCAAUAUGUUUUAUAAUAACAAUGAUUCCUUCAAUAUUACUUGAAAUUUUAUAUCAUGAUUACGAAAAUAUGAAUGAUGAUUAUCUUUUAUUUCGAGCAUUUGCUGUUGUUACAGAGCUUUGUAAUUUUGCUGCCCAUAUUAUCAUAUAUUUUUCAUGUAGUAAAGAAUUUCGAAAAGAAUUUCUCAAAAUUCUUCAGAAUAGAUGCAGAAAAAAUGUUAUAGAAGAAGAUUCUGAUCGACCAAUAGGGGAAAUUGAAGAUUAUAGUCGGCAUGGUACAACAGUUCGAUUAACACCUGAACAAACAAAAUUAAAUUCUCCAGCUUCUAUGAGUAAAUUGAAUCCAAUGGAAGAAGAUAAAGAAUCCGAAAUAUUAAAUGCCGCUGAUAUUGUCUAAGAAUUAUAUAUAUUUUAUAUAUAUAGUACAUAACAUAUUCAUUUAUUUAUAAAAUUUAUUUAUAAAUUAUAAAAUAUAUUAUAAUGAAAAAUAUAUGAUAAAUAUAUAAUGAAAUAUUAUUUUAUUUUGUCAUGCGGAAAUCAUUACAUAAUAAAAAUUAUAUUUGGUAAAAAUA